GGCGCCGGCGGGCGGCGGCGCGGAGGCCGGACCGGGCGGCGGCCCAGGCGGCGCUGGGGGCGCGGCAGGCAAGGCGGGCGGCGCGGGCGACAUGACGGACAACAUCCCGCUGCAGCCGGUGCGCCAGAAGAAGCGGAUGGACAGCAGGCCUCGCACCGGGUGCUGUGAGUGGCUGAGAUGCUGUGGUGGAGGGGAGCCCAGGCCCCGCACGGUCUGGUUGGGGCACCCCGAGAAGAGGGACCAGAGGUAUCCUCGAAAUGUCAUCAACAACCAGAAGUACAACUUCUUCACCUUUCUUCCCGGGGUGCUGUUUAACCAGUUCAAGUACUUUUUCAACCUCUAUUUCUUACUUCUCGCCUGCUCCCAGUUUGUACCUGAAAUGAGACUUGGUGCGCUCUACACCUACUGGGUUCCCCUGGGCUUCGUGCUGGCCGUCACCAUCAUCCGAGAGGCUGUGGAGGAGAUCCGAUGCUACCUGAGGGACAAGGAGGUCAACUCCCAGGUCUACAGCCGGCUCACAGUGAGAGGGACCAUGAAGGUGAAGAGUGCCAACAUCCAAGUCGGAGAUCUUAUCAUCGUUGAAAAGAACCAGCGGGUGCCCGCGGACAUGAUCUUCCUGAGGACAUCAGAAAAAAACGGGUCUUGCUUUCUGCGGACGGAUCAGCUGGACGGGGAGACAGACUGGAAGCUGCGGCUUCCGGUGGCCUGCACGCAGAGGCUCCCCACAGCCGCUGAUCUUCUUCAGAUUCGAUCGUAUAUCUACGCAGAAGAGCCGAAUAUCGACAUCCACAAUUUUGUGGGAACGUUUACUAGAGAGGACAGCGACCCUCCCAUCAGCGAGAGCUUGAGCAUCGAGAACGCGCUCUGGGCCGGCACCGUCAUCGCGUCAGGAACUGUGGUGGGUGUUGUUCUUUACACGGGCAGAGAACUCCGGAGCGUCAUGAAUACCUCGAACCCUCGAAGUAAGAUUGGCCUGUUUGACCUGGAAGUGAACUGCCUCACGAAGAUCCUCUUUGGCGCUCUGGUGGUGGUGUCUCUGGUCAUGGUGGCCCUUCAGCACUUUGCCGGCCGUUGGUACCUACAGAUCAUCCGCUUCCUCCUCCUGUUUUCCAACAUCAUUCCCAUCAGUUUGCGUGUGAACCUGGACAUGGGCAAGAUCGUGUACAGCUGGGUGAUUCGAAGGGAUUCAAAGAUCCCCGGGACUGUGGUUCGUUCCAGCACCAUCCCUGAGCAGCUGGGGAGGAUUUCCUAUUUACUCACAGACAAGACAGGGACGCUGACCCAGAAUGAGAUGGUUUUCAAGCGGCUCCACCUGGGCACCGUGGCCUAUGGCCUGGACUCCAUGGACGAAGUGCAGAGCCACAUAUUCAGCAUUUACACCCAGCAGUCCCAGGACCCGCCGGCUCAGAAGGGCCCCACGAUCACCACCAAAGUCCGGCGGACCAUGAGCAGCCGCGUGCACGAAGCCGUGAAGGCCAUCGCGCUCUGCCACAACGUGACCCCUGUGUAUGAGUCCAAUGGCGUGACCGACCAGGCUGAGGCCGAGAAGCAGUACGAAGACUCGUGCCGUGUGUACCAGGCGUCCAGCCCAGACGAGGUGGCCCUGGUUCAGUGGACCGAAAGCGUGGGCCUAACCCUGGUGGGCCGAGACCAGUCUUCCAUGCAGCUGAGGACCCCUGGCGACCAGAUCCUGAACUUCACCAUCUUGCAGAUCUUCCCUUUCACCUACGAGAGCAAGCGCAUGGGCAUCAUCGUCAGGGAUGAAUCGACGGGGGAAAUCACGUUCUACAUCAAGGGAGCCGACGUCGUCAUGGCCGGCAUCGUGCAGUACAACGACUGGCUGGAGGAGGAGUGUGGCAACAUGGCCCGAGAGGGACUGCGGGUGCUCGUGGUGGCCAAGAAGUCUCUAGCCGAGGAGCAGUACCAAGACUUCGAGGCCCGCUACGUCCAGGCCAAGCUGAGCGUGCACGACCGCUCUCUCAAAGUGGCCACCGUGAUCGAGAGCCUGGAGAUGGAGAUGGAGCUGCUGUGCCUGACGGGGGUGGAGGACCAGCUGCAGGCGGACGUGCGGCCCACGCUGGAGACGCUGCGGAACGCCGGCAUCAAGGUUUGGAUGCUGACAGGCGACAAGCUGGAGACGGCUACAUGCACAGCAAAGAAUGCACAUCUGGUGACCAGAAGCCAAGACAUCCACGUUUUUCGGCUGGUGACCAACCGUGGUGAGGCCCACCUCGAGCUGAACGCCUUCCGCAGGAAACACGACUGCGCCCUGGUCAUCUCUGGAGACUCCCUGGAGGUUUGCCUCAAGUACUACGAGUACGAGUUCAUGGAACUGGCCUGUCAGUGCCCAGCCGUGGUCUGCUGUCGCUGUGCCCCCACCCAGAAAGCCCAGAUUGUGCGCCUGCUGCAGGAACGCACUGGCAAGCUCACCUGCGCAGUAGGUGAUGGCGGCAACGACGUCAGCAUGAUCCAGGAAUCUGACUGUGGCGUGGGCGUCGAGGGGAAGGAAGGAAAACAGGCGUCCCUGGCUGCGGACUUCUCCAUCACACAGUUCAAGCACCUUGGCCGUCUGCUCAUGGUGCACGGCCGGAACAGCUAUAAGCGGUCGGCUGCGCUCAGCCAGUUCGUCAUCCACAGGAGCCUGUGUAUCAGCACCAUGCAGGCUGUCUUUUCCUCGGUGUUUUACUUCGCCUCCGUCCCUCUGUACCAAGGAUUCCUCAUCAUCGGGUACUCCACCAUCUACACCAUGUUUCCCGUGUUCUCCCUGGUCUUGGACAAAGACGUCAAGUCGGAAGUUGCCAUGUUGUAUCCUGAGCUCUACAAAGAUCUCCUCAAGGGACGGCCAUUGUCCUACAAGACAUUCUUAAUAUGGGUUUUGAUUAGCAUCUAUCAAGGGAGCACCAUCAUGUACGGCGCGCUGCUGCUCUUCGAGUCAGAGUUCGUCCACAUCGUGGCGAUCUCCUUCACGUCGCUGAUCCUCACCGAGCUGCUGAUGGUGGCCCUGACCAUUCAGACCUGGCACUGGCUCAUGACGGUGGCCGAGUUGCUCAGCCUGGCCUGCUACAUCGCCUCCCUGGUGUUCCUACACGAAUUCAUUGAUGUGUACUUCAUCGCCUCGCUGUCCUUCUUGUGGAAAGUCUCCGUCAUCACUCUGGUCAGCUGUCUCCCCCUCUACAUCCUCAAGUAUCUGCGACGACGGUUCUCCCCCCCCAGCUACUCGAAGCUCACGUCGUAGGCUGUGCGUUCCGUGGAGGGGGCUCUGGUCUCCGCUCCCCUGACGGGGAGAGUUCAGGUUCCGUUCAUCUUAACCGCCGCCCGAGGACUUGGCAGGAACGGCCCACACGUGCUGUUUGGACGUGUAGAGGCCCCGCCCGGAGUCCUGCGCUGACUGAACAGGAGGCAGGCCCGACGGCGCCCACGCAGGCCUGUCCGGCUCCCCCGUGACGCCCGUUGGAGCGAAUGUGAAUUCGUCCUCCUGGGUGGCUCAGCCAGGAGGUCUCUCUGUGGGUCACUGUGCAAGCUCCCUUAUGACUUGAAUUUUGUUGUCAUGUGAUAAAAGUUUCUGUUUAGCUGAAGAUUAUAGGGGAUUUUGGGGUUUGCUUUCUUUUCCAACAGUCCUACUGUGUGUGUCCUCUUGACGUCUUUCUUGCUCCUAAAAACUGGUUUUAGAGAAAUGGAAAGCUCUCGGUGGAGGUUUGGGGGACAAGGCAGUGGCACCUGGUAAAAAGUUGUCCGAACACUAAUCUUGACUUGGAAAUGCCACACACCCUCUGUAAGGCAGCCCCACAUAUUGGAGCUGCACGGGCUUCCUAGGAUCAGAAAAAGCCAAGGAGAGGCCAGGGAGAGAGCGCGCCAUAAAUCCAACGUCAUCCUGCGUCUGAUUGCGCAUCCACAGCGCUGGAGCUAACGUCAGCGGCCACCUCGUCAAAGAAUUUCAAAGGUGUUCUUCUGCUGUGUUCGGACCUGCUAGCAAUUAUCAAGCCCGUGGCUACCUGAGGACACCCUCAAACAUUUUCAGAGUUGUUUUCGCAGGAAAUGUGCCACCGGACAGCCCCUAAAUGUGUCGACAGGGUGAUAAGAGAGGCAGCUCGUUCUUUAGACAACGUCACUCAUGCAGCUCAGCCCCUGGGUCCAAAGCGGAAAGGUCGGGGACGGGGGCCCCUCGCUUCCACAGAGAUCUGUUUCCUGUUAGGAGGAGGGAUUGCGGACGAAAGGACAGAGGCAGGGGCUUCUUGCCACGGGGCCACGCACGGUGGCAGCUUCACGCAGGGUCCCGCCGUGGGGCACAAGCAGCCAACCGCUCCCCGCCUUUGUGGCACCCUUGGCGUGCUCGUGUGUGUCUGUUGCCCUUUUAAAUCUUUGUAAAGUGACAGUAAGUUGCAGGCUCUGGUAAAUUGGCUAUUGGCAGCACUUCUGUUUUGUUUUGAGAUGCUACAAUUCUGCAGUAUCGUCCCCUGUCUGCCCCAGCUUCGUUUCUGCCCCCCCGCAAAGAGCUGCAGAGAAUGCAUACAGCUUGAGGCCAGAGUAGGUCCCCAGUUGUUGGUAUGGAAAAUAAUACAUCAUUAAUAGAUAAUGAUACAAGAAGAAACUGUGUUUCAUGUACUCACAACUGUAAACCUCCUUCGGCCCCCACCCUGUACUGCCGCCAAGGGAUGGUGAUUUUGGAAUAGGGUCUUUGUCCAGGAGUUUCAGAAAGGGCGAGCAGGUCUGGCUUCUUCUCGGCGUUAUUUUAUGCAGUUUUGAAGGCAGAGGUGGAGAACGUUGUGCUAAGAGUGGCUGCAGCUCAGCCUGUCGUCGGGGGUCAGGCUGUCAAACCGGAAGUCUUAAGGAAUUCCACUCUGAGCUUGCAAACCUCGGACCUGGCCUUGUUCACAGGCACGCCAUGGCCCUGCGGGGAGGUCUCAUGAGUUCCCUGUUAGGAGAUUUCAGGUGUUUCCAACAGACACAGGGCGUGAAGAUGGUCUCUUGGGUCUUUCCCAUCAUUCCCAAUUUUGACCACGGUGCAUGAGCUGACUUAGAAGAUACUUAUUGCAUGACAUCUCGAAGGGAGAAAGCUUCUGAGAGGGGGUCCAGAAGCCAUCUCUGGGAGGCGAAGGUUGCUCGUCAGUGCCCCCCAAAACGUCCCUGCUCUCCCUUCUGAGCUGCCCUCUGGUGGAGGUAGCCAAGGACGAGAGGGACUGACACCCCAGAGGAGGCCACCGCGUUGUCAACCACCCCGUCAGCGGGCAGCCGGCUCACGCCCCGUGCUGGAGCCCUCGGGCAUUAGGGACACACGUGCAUGCCUCUCAAACUGCGCCAGACUGUCAGUCCCAGCAGAGAGCGCACGCUCGGGCACUCCCAGGGGCUCUCCGAGUUGGGGGAGACCGAGAGAAAACACAACACCUGAGCUAUUUUGAGGGAAACCCCCAAGUUCAUAAACCUUAACUGAAAGGCUUCUAGUGACUGUUUUCUUGGUUCUCAAUCUGGAAAGGUCUUCCCUUUGCCUUGGAACUCAACGGGACCUCAGUCCCCAGCGGCCAAUUUAAUCCGAGGCCAGAGGCCCGUGGCCACAGUCCGCUGCUUAAACACUUCUUAAAGUAAAAAUUACAACUCCCUCUGCCCACCGACCACACUAGGUAUUUGUGUCAGAGCAAGCACUUUUGUUAUUUAUGAUUAUUUUUGUUGUAUCUUUUGGCGAUCGGUGCAUGCGCGGAGGAAGAAUGGGUCCUGUUUGGUUUCUCUCCCCCCCCCCCCUUUGCCUCCUUCCUCCCUUUCUCUAAGGAAAUGGCCAGACAAGCUUGUCCUUCUCGACUGAUGUCUUGUGUCCGACAGGUUUGAUUCUCACUUCGAGAGCGAGCCUGCGCACAUGUGUGUGGCCGGUACUGCUGGCUGAGGCUCGG